GUCGAGAAAUUUUCAAUUUCUAUCGAAAGAGAGAGAAAAUGGCGGAGGCGGGAGGGGGAGAGGGAGAAGGAGAAGGGUGCUGCUUGAGCGCGAUGGUGGAGAGCGGCGAGGAGGGCGGCGGCGUGGAGAGCCACCGGUACUACCUGGCGCGGCGCACCCUCCUCGAGAUGCUCGCCGACCGCCGCUACGACGUCUCCCCCAUCCCCGGCGGCGCCGCCCAAACCCUAGCGGAGUUCCGGGCAUGGUGGCUCGACAAGCCCGACCUCGACCGCCUCUCCUUCUCCGCCGCCCUCCUCUCCAACCCCUCCCAAAAGGUGAGAGUCAUAUUCUGCGGAACCGACCCUGUCAAGGUGUCGACCAUUCGUGAAAUCUACAAGGGCCUCAAAAACGAAAGCUCCACCCGAUUGAUCCUCGUCGUGCAGAGCAAAAUGACGUUCAAAUCUCGGGAAGCAAUCAAAGAUAUCUUCUCUAGCAAAGUGGAGAUAUUCCAAAUUACUGACUUGCUGGUCAACAUUACAAAGCAUUUUCUUAUUCCAAAACAUGAAGUACUGACGCAAGAAGAAAAGAAUGAGCUGUUAAAGAAGUAUAGUGUGGAGGAUAAACAGCUUCCUCGUAUGCUGGAAACUGAUGCCAUCGCACGAUAUUAUGGCCUCGAGAAGGGAACAGUUAUGAAAGUUACAUAUGACGGAGAACUCACAGGAUCCCACGUCACUUACCGUUGUAUCAUGUAAUGCCUAGUCGAGGGACUGGUGUAAAUGGCGGCUAAUUGCAGUUUACUUUUGUGCAAUCCUAUGUUUACCUUCUCAUUGCACCUAACAUGGAUUGCUAACUUGGAAGAACACUUAAACGUUUCCCAUACCUUGAUGUGAUAUUCCUCAUUGUGGUGCUCCUGCUUAUUAUGAUGGUCUACUUGCAGAUUUUGGUAGUCAAGCUGGUGAAUGAUGAGGUAUUUUUGGCUUGUUUUCUUUUAUUUUUUUGUUGAUUAGUUUCUUUCUUUACGCAGUUAGUACAAAAUCAGUUAUUAUUGAAUGGUUUCUUGUCGCUAGUAGAAAUUGUGUGGUGCAUAAGGUUUUUCUGUUGUUGUUGUUGUUGCUGCUCCUGCUGCAGUUUUAGAGUUCUUUGGUAUGCCUAUUUUGUAAAUGUAGUUGUUCAAAUGGAGUGCACAUUACUUGUACA